AUGGCCAGAGCGGAAGAUCGAGCGAGCGACGACGAUGGCAGCGACAGCGCCAGUGACAGUAGCAGCGGGUACGACUCCGCGAGCAGCGACCGCAGUAGCAGCGGAAGCAGCAGUGACGGCAGCGAAAGUGGCGAGGAGGACGACGACGUUGAUGAGACCGACGAGGCCGCCGCCAAGAAGCAGCGCGUGCGGGCGGACAUGGACGAGAUGCGGCGCAUGAUGGCCGACAUGGACGCUGUCAAAGCGAGGUUGCAGCUGCGCUUCGCAGCCGAGCGCCAGGCGAGGCAGGACAGGCUCGCGCGAGAAGAUCGGGAGCGCGAGGUGCAGGAAGAGGCCCGCCGGCGGGCUGAGGAGGAAGCUCUGGCUCGGCAUGUGGAGGCGGGUGUGCAAACCGACGAUUGCGGAAAAUCACAACAGCAAUCUCAGUUGGCGCAGCACGGCGCGGCCCCUGUCUCCGACCAUGCCGCCGCUGCAGUCGACAAUCGCAGUCUACACGCGAUUGAUGGUGGCGCCGGGUUUGCAGACGCCGCCGCUCCAAAUAAAGCCAAGCCUGCUGGCUUGAGCUUGUACGAUCUGGUGAAGGCGUCCGGGUUCGGUCCGUCGCGGAAGGCGCGUUCCUCGGUUCGACAGGAAGAUCCGCAGGCGGGGCUGUCACCUUCGCACGCCUCGAUCGAGCCCGAGUUGGACGCUACACAUCAGCAGCAGGAGCAAUUCCACGAGGAGAGUUCAGGUCCUGGUGUGAAGCAGGACUGGGACGACACCAAUUCCCAGCUUAGUCAUGACCAAGAGGACAGCGUCGUGGGCGGACAUACCGGCCGCACGUCUAACGCCUCGCGUCACGAUGUUGCAAGCGUCGGGUCGAUGCGCAGUCAUUUGGCGCAGUCUAAGGGCGAGCGAUCGCUGCGGCCUCCUCACAAAUUCGAUGAGAACUCGUCCUCCGUGAGCAACAGCUUCGUCUUGUCUGGGGCUGGCCAUCAGACCUCGGUCUUGUCGGACCUGACUCAACGACGAGACCACAGGUUCAACGCCGCCGCCCUGCUCAGCGCGAGCAAGCCAGCGCCGCAUUCGUCUACAUCUACCGACGGCCACAGCGACAAGACAGAUGAGCAGCGAGAGAUGGAGGCCAUCCGGUGCCUGCUCUUCGGCCAUCGGUGA